CCCGCCGUUCUUCGAUAAUAACGAUGAAGAGAAAGAGAGACGUCGGCAGUUCUGCUUCUCCUUCUCGACGCAGUUCGAAGUUGACGAAGAGAAAGAGAAAGGUCUUUGGCUCUGCUUCUCGUUCCCGACACAGUACCAAGUUUCUGAAGCGACAUAAAAAGGGGUCCUCUGAUAAAUUGCAUAGCUAUAAUCACGAAGACCGAAUUAGUCAGCUUCCGGAGGACGUCCAGUUGUUUAUAUUAUCUUUCCUGACAAUUAAGGAGGUGGCCAUGACUCGUUUCCUUUCCACUCAAUGGAGGGACUUGGGGGCUUCCAUUCCUCGUCUAGACUUCAAUGCCUCAUUGUUCCCAAUUAACAAAGGCAUUACCCACCUGCCUCCGUACGCGAGGGAAGAUUAUGUUAGGGAAGAUUAUGUUAGACGUGUUAGUAAGGUGAUUCAAUCAUACAAAGGGCAGAUUUUGGAGGAGUUCAGACUUCAGUAUUGCCUGACUGAGACGCAUAAAAGUUUUAUUGAUUGGUGUAUCGAGUUUGCUUUAUCUAAGAAAGUCAGGAAGCUGGAUUUGGACUUCAAUCUACCAUUUGGAGCUGGUAACGAUAUCUAUGAGAAGCAUCUCAUCUACAUGAGAAUAUAUAAUGUAAUUAUCAAGGACGUCGAUCAGCAAAAGAAGUAUGCUUUUCAAGUAGGAGCUGGGAGCCAAGCUGCUACUCAUGAUAUAUCAUCACCCGUUUGCAGGUCAUUCCUUCGUUUUGAGUCGCUCACAUCUCUAUGUUUGAGGUCCGUCAGAAUGACUGGGGAUGUUCUGGAGGGUCUUCUGUCAACUUGUCCUAUUCUUGAAACGUUGACUCUGCAUCAUGUCUAUGACUUGGCCUGUUUGAAAAUUGCUGGUCAUUCUUUGAGGUUGAAGCACUUGGAGAUAGUCGGAUGUGGUGAUUUGGACAAAAUCGAGUUAUAUGAUGUUGUAACAAUCGUUUCUUUUGUGUUAUAUGAUGAAAGAGUUCGUCUUCAUGUGCUGCUGCCAGGCUGGUCUGAUAAGAAAUUUUUACUGAGGAACCUUCCAGGCUUAGUGGAUGUAUCUUUUUCAAUAAUUUCAAAACUGGUGGAUCAGUUUCGUAUGCUCUCCUCCCUUGUUUCCCAGCUGAAGCAUCUGAAGGUGGCUGUUUACCCGGGACCUCUGGUAGAUCUAGACUAUCCAAUUAUCCACAAACUUAAUGGUCUGCUAGAAUUGGAAGUGUUCUGGGUAUCGCCGCCGGAUCAGGAUCUCCUUAAGCUGGUGCCCCUCUUGGAAGCAGCACCUUAUUUGGAAAAUAUUACAAUACGGAUGAUUGCCAGAUUAUCGGUAGAAGAAUGGGAAAGUAGGGAGCUUAAGGAGGCCGAGAGACGUACUAAUGGCCUUGAACACCUGAAGGUGCUGGAAUUGGCCGGGUAUCGCCGACAUCCAAAUGAGGACGACUUCAUCUCUUACAUCAUUACAAAUGCCACAGCACUUGAGACCAUUAUCAUAGACCCGAAUUAUCAAUCUAAGCCUAAGUGGCAUAUUAAUUCUUACCAAAAAAAAUCGAAGUUGGAUGAGAUUCAUAAGGUCGAAGGCUACGUGAGGCAACAUGCUAAGGAGUGGCUUCAAGGGAUCAUACCUCCUAGAAUUGAGUUGGUCAUCCGUUAGAUAGAAAAACAAUCACAGUACUACUUGAACAUAUUUGUAAGUUAAGUCUAGAGUGAGGCAUUGAAGGGAAAGGAGACUAGUAACGGCUGCUUCCUGGAUUGUAAGGAAAGACCAAGUAUGCAGGAGGAUUUUCAUCCGGCAGCUGACUGAUUUGAUUAUCAGGAUUAUAGCAAUCCAAUUUACAGGAGUAGAAUGUAUAACAAUACUAUCACAAACUUCUUUCCCUGGUUUGUACCUCGUCAUUAGCCUUUGUAUUUGAUAGACUUAACCGUUUAGUCCCUGGCGUUUUAGAGACCAAUUUGAC